CCAACCGCCAUUAACCCUCAGAAAAGAAGAAGGAAGAAGGAAGCGGGUUCCUGAAGUACCUGCUUUUUAUCUGUUCUUGUUUUAUUGUUGAACGAAAUUAUAGGAUGGCACAGUUGGGUGCCAUAUUCUCCAUAAUCGCUGCUCUGGGAGGAGCAGCACUUUUAGCCUCCGUACACAAGAUCGAUGAGGGACACACUGGAGUUUAUUACAGAGGAGGGGCUCUGCUCACCAGCACCAGUGGCCCUGGUUUCCAUCUCAUGCUUCCAUUCAUCACCACGUACAAGUCUGUUCAGACGACACUGCAGACAGAUGAGGUGAAGAACGUACCAUGUGGCACAAGUGGAGGAGUGAUGAUUUACUUUGACCGCAUAGAAGUGGUGAACUAUCUCAUUCCGUCAUCAGUGUACGACAUAGUGAAGAACUUCACAGCAGACUACGAUAAGGCUUUGAUAUUCAACAAGGUUCACCAUGAGCUCAACCAGUUCUGCAGUGUUCACUCUCUGCAGGAGGUCUACAUCGGCUUGUUUGACCAAAUUGAUGAAAACCUAAAAUUGACGCUACAAGAAGAUCUAACGAACAUGGCACCAGGAAUCAUCAUACAGGCGGUUCGUGUGACAAAACCCAACAUCCCAGAGAGCAUUCGCCGAAACUACGAGCUCAUGGAGAGUGAGAAGACAAAGCUGCUGAUCACCCAACAGACACAGAAGGUUGUGGAGAAGGAGGCGGAGACUGAAAGGAUCAAGGCUGUCAUCGAGGCUGAGAAAGUGGCGCAAGUUGCACAGAUCAAGUAUGGACAGAAAGUCAUGGAGAAGGAAACCGAGAAAAAGAUUUCAGAAAUUGAAGAUGGUGCUUACCUGGCACGGGAGAGAGCCAGGGCAGACGCAGAGUUCUACACGGCACAGAGACUUGCCGAGGCCAACAAGAUGAAGUUAACACCAGAGUACCUGCAGCUUAUGAAGCACAAGGCCAUCGCAGCCAACAGCAAAAUCUACUUUGGAAGUGAAAUACCCCACAUGUUUGUAGACUCUGGCUCUGCUGGGAGUUCCAUCAAGGCCUCUGCAGCCAUUGACAUUGUGGGUGAGCAGAUCAUGGAUAUGGAUUAAGUUGUGGGAUGAACAGGGCCACCCACAGGUGGCGGACUACGGUCUGAAGGGGCAAUAGCUUGGUCGGUUGACUGGCAGGUUCCCCCCUUCUGGGCCCAGAAAAGCUCCGUGACCAGGGCCUGUGUUUCUCAACCCUCUCAGAAUCACUGCUAAGAAAAAAAAAAAAGAAAAAAAAUCACCUUGAAAGUUUGAACAGGAAG